AUGGCCAUUCCAGUCAUUGACUUUUCCGCUUGGACCAACCACGCCGGCAAAGACCAACGCCAGGCAGUAUCGAAAGAGCUUGUCAAGGCUUGCAGAGAAGUUGGUUUUGCAUAUAUCAUCAAUCAUGGUGUGCCUCAAGAUGCCGUUGAUCAUGCUUUUGCAAUCUCGAAACGGUUCUACGACCUGCCCCAGGAGGAGAAAAUGAAAGCUCCACAUCCACCAGGAUGGGCUCAUCAUCGUGGGUACUCCUCGCCGGGACUGCAGAGGGUAUCUGCAGUUUUGGCCAAAGAAGACGAUGAAGCACUGGUCAACAAGCUUCGAUCAGUUACCGACUGCAAGGAAAGUUAUGAGAUCGGUUCAGACGAGAACCCAGACCAGCCCAAUAUCUGGCUACCCCAAUCCAGUCUCGAUGAUUUUCGGCCAUUCAUGACACAAUUCUACUGGACCUGUUUCAACGCAGCUUCUGAUAUAUUACGGGCUCUAUCCCUGGGGCUUGAUCUUGAGGAAGAAGAAAGCCUACUUCGUCUCCAUAGCGGCCACUACAACCAGCUACGUUUGCUCCAUUAUCCACCCAUACCCGCUCGGGCAAUCGAAGAGGGCUCCAUGGCAAGGAUGCCAGCUCAUACGGACUGGAGCAGUAUGACGAUGCUGUUCCAGGAUGAUUGUGGGGGACUAGAGAUUGAGGAUCCUAACGUGCUCGGGAAAUUCAUUCCCGCUGAGCCAAUGAAGGGAGCCCUCGUGAUGAAUGUAGGAGACCUUCUCAUGAGGUGGAGUAAUGACUAUCUGAAAUCAACCUCUCACCGAGUCACCCUCCCACCACUCCAAGACCGGUUCUCCGGGGAUGAACGCCUCACUCGCGCCCGGUAUUCCAUCGUCUAUUUCCUGACCACAGACCCAGAUCUUCUGAUCGAAUGUCUGCCCGCCUGUGUUGAUGAGGAUAACCCCGCAAAGUACGAACCGAUCACGCAGCGCGAUUAUGCGGCCAUGAGAGCACGAGUGCAAUAUUAG